UCUAACCAUGGCACGCACUUAGAAUUUUGUGUGUUUUUUUUUUUUCAAAAAGAAAAUUAAUAGUAAAAUGAAGUUCAGUAUCUGGCUGUCAUCGCGGAAGCUCAAAGAAACAGACCAUUAGCCCUAAACGCCGCCAUCUCUCACCGAUCAGGUGUGGUAAUGGAUUCCCAGCUUCUGUGCUUUAACCGGACCAACUCCUUAAUUAGGCCUCUUCAAUUUCGACUUUUUGGUGCGCCACUGCUCAACUGUCCACCUUCUUAUCUUCAUUUUCCUGGAGGAUUAACUUUGAAAAGAGUAAGGUGUGCCAUGAAGUCUUAUCAGUUAUCUGAACUUACUCGUACUGAAGUUGAUAGCCUGAAAGCCCGCCCUCGAAUUGAUUUCUCUUCAAUUUUCAACGUGGUCAACCCCAUUGUUGAUGAUGUACGCAGCAGAGGUGAUGCUGCUGUUAAAGAUUAUACUGAAAGAUUUGACAAAGUCAAGUUGGAGAAGCUUGUUGAGAAUGUAUCUGAGCUUCCUGACCCAGAGCUUGAUGCAGCUGUUAGGGAAGCAUUUGAUGUGGCAUAUGACAAUAUAUAUGCAUUUCAUCUUGCUCAAAAAGCAGCUGAAAAAAAUGUUGAAAACAUGAAAGGUGUUAGAUGCAAACGGGUGGCAAGGAGCAUUUCUUCUGUAGGUCUUUAUGUUCCAGGGGGAACUGCAGUUUUACCUUCAACAGCUCUGAUGCUUUCAGUUCCUGCACAGAUUGCUGGGUGUAAAACCAUUGUUCUUGCUACUCCUCCAAGUCAGGAUGGCAGCAUAUGCAAGGAGGUACUGUACUGUGCCAAGAAGGCUGGUGUUACUCACAUCCUUAAAGCUGGUGGAGCUCAGGCUAUAUCAGCCAUGGCUUGGGGGACAGAAUCAUGCCAUAAGGUUGAGAAGAUUUUUGGACCAGGAAAUCAGUAUGUCACAGCUGCCAAAAUGAUUCUCCAAAAUAGUGAAGCAAUGAUCUCAAUUGAUAUGCCAGCUGGACCUUCAGAAGUUUUAGUCAUUGCUGACAGACAUGCCAGUCCUGUUCAUAUAGCUGCAGAUUUACUAUCCCAGGCUGAACAUGGCCCUGAUAGCCAGGUUGUUCUUGUAAUUGUUGGGGAUGGUGUGGAUCUGAAAUCUAUUGAAGAGGAAAUCAGUAAGCAAUGUCUAAGCCUACCAAGGGGAGAAUAUGCUUCAAAAGCACUGAGCCAUAGUUUUACUGUCUUUGCUCGUGAUAUGGUUGAGGCCAUCUCCUUUUCAAACUUAUAUGCACCUGAGCAUCUGAUUGUUAAUGUAAAAGAUGCAGAAAAGUGGGAGAGUUUUAUUGAAAAUGCAGGCUCUGUUUUCUUGGGUCAAUGGACGCCAGAAAGUGUUGGAGACUAUGCAAGCGGGACAAACCAUGUCCUCCCAACAUACGGUUAUGCAAGGAUGUAUGGUGGAGUGUCCUUAGAUUCUUUCCUUAAAUACAUGACUGUGCAGUCUUUGACAGAGGAAGGUCUGAGAAAGCUAGGUCCAUACGUGGCAACCAUGGCUGAAGUUGAAGGGCUGGAAGCCCACAAGAGAGCAGUAACUCUCAGACUUGAGGAUAUAGAAGCCAGACAACUUCAGAAUGUGAGGUAACUAAUUAAGCCUGCACGCAAUUAUAAUAGUAAAAAAAUAAUAAAAAUAAAAAAAUAAAUUCAAGAACAGAGUUCUGCCUACCAGACUUUUUACCAGAAUUGGAACGAUUUUCAAAUCACUGAUUUAGGGCUGCAAUGUAAUGUUUAUUCCUGUGUCUGGCCAUAGAUGGAACUCCUGGAGGGUCAUAUAUACCCUUAGAAUUUAGUUGGAUUUUUGAUGCUGUGAGGUGUUUGUAUUUUGUAUUCCAUUUACUCUGGGUUAAUGCAGAUUUCAGUUAGAAUAGUGGAAAUUCGUGGAGGUUUAAUGUCCUUUUUUUUUUUUGGGUCCAACUUUUGCAAGUGUGUACUCCAAUUCCAUUGUAAUUUAACUGAUAUUAUUAUAUAAAAAGCUUUUCUUUUAUAUCA